AAAAAUAACAUCACUUUGUUUUCAACUGGCUCACAUAAUAUUUGUGUCACUUGUUAGUGAAAUAGAAAAUUUUUAUAUUAGUUAUGAGUCAUCUAGCAUACUAUUUUUCUUAACUGUGCUGAAAUUUGCAACAAAAAAUCGACAACAUGUUUUCAAAUACUCCGAACUACACAAAAUUGAAGACCAAUCUCCGUUUGGCGGUGAAUCGGUUGAAAUUAUUGGAAAAAAAGAAAACGGAACUUGCUCAGAAAGCUCGAAAAGAGAUUGCAGAUUAUUUGGUUGCAGGAAAACCUGAACGGGCUAAGAUUCGCGUGGAACAUAUAAUCCGUGAAGACUAUCUCGUAGAAGCUAUGGAGAUAGUCGAAAUGUAUUGUGAUCUAAUUCUGGCUCGGUUUGGAUUGGUUACUCAGAUGAAGGACAUCGACGAAGGAAUUGAGGAAGCUGUGAGCAGUGUUGUUUGGGUAGCUCCUAGACUACAGGCAGAUGUCCAGGAGUUGAAAAUUUGCGCCGAUGUUUUUACGAUCAAGUACGGUAAACAAUGGGCUGAGUCAGUUCGUGCAGCAGUACCACCGCAUAAAGUGUCGGAUAAACUGAUGCACAAGAUGGCCAUUCAAGCACCACCAAAGCUUUUAGUUGAAAAGUAUUUGAUAGAAAUUGCUAAGAUAUUCAACGUUGAUUACGAACCUGAUCCUCUGGUCAUGCAGAAUGAUAAGUCUAAUUCCGCGGAUAGCAUUUUGAUUGAUUUAUCAGAUAGAAAUAAUUUGGAUGGCGGUUCGGGCGGCGGAUCUUCGUCUGGUGGUGGAAACCCAGCUCCUCCCGGGUUUAUUGGUUAUCCACAACCCCCUAAUUUACCGCAAUUACCAGCACUUCCACCAUCUGUACCGUUUAAUUAUCCACAGGGCUCAAGUGGACAAAAUUUUGGAUCCGCGUCAGCGCCUCCAUUCAAUUAUAAUAUACCACCUAACCCCUCAGGAUCUCAGGUUGACGAGGAAAAAGAUUUAAAUAUCAACUCAAGUUUCCUCACACAGGAGAAAAGAUCGGACCUAGGACCACCACCUUCAUAUGCAUCCCUUAGCCCUGACGACAAUAUGCAGAAUUCAACAAAACCCAAACCACAGCCCCGAUCUAAGAUUUCGCCGGAGAUGAACUAUCCAGUUCUUCCCAAUGUUCCUUCGGAUCUACCAGAUGUUCCUAAUGAUGGCAAUCCUGGUGAUGAUAAGGAAGAUAACGAUGAAAUCGACUUUGACGAACUUUCCAGACGAUUUGAGGAACUGAAGAAAAAGAAGUGAUUCUUGGUAUUAGUUUCACAUCCGCGACUACGACAGUUACAAUGGUUUUGUAACUUCAACUCUGAUAACAAAAAAAGAUUUGGGAUGAUUCGAGCUUCUAUUUAAUAUUAUUUAAAUGUUAAUAAAGUCAUAAAAGAUGACAGGUUUAUGAGAAUUUA